AUGAAGAGCAACGACGGAGUGGAGGAAGCAAAGGUGCCCUUGUUACAGCACUCAUCAUCUUCGCUCCAAGGAGAUGGUCGUGAGGUUGACCUAAAAACAAGGGUGUGGAUUGAAUCAAAGAAGCUCUGGCACAUAGUGGGGCCAUCUAUCUUCAGCCGUAUCACCUCCUAUUCCAUGUUCGUCAUCACCCAAGCCUUCGCUGGCCACCUUGGCGACCAUGAGCUCGCCGCCAUCUCGAUCGCGAGCAACGUCAUUGUCGGCUUCGACUUUGGCCUCUUGGUACUAUUCUCCACCAAUCCUUUCAAGAGCACAUGGUUAAUAUGGUGCAAAUAA